AUGGCUGUCCGUCUGCAAUUCGAAAACAGCAGCGAUAUCGGAGUGUUCUCCAAACUGACAAACUCUUACUGCCUUGUCUCCGUCGGUGGAAGCACAAACUUUUACUCGACGUUUGAGAGUGAACUCGGCGGUGUUAUUCCGAUUGUGAAUACGACCAUCGGAGGGACCAGAAUUAUUGGCAGAUUAACUGCAGGCAAUCGCCAUGGGCUACUUGUCCCCUCUUCGACCACCGAUCAAGAACUUCAGCACCUCAGGAACUCUCUGCCUGAUUCGGUAGCGAUACAGCGGGUGGAAGAGCGACUCUCUGCGCUGGGAAAUGUCAUUGCUUGCAAUGAUUACGUCGCACUCGUGCACCCUGAUAUCGAUCGAGAGACCGAGGAGAUCAUCGCAGACGUAUUAAAAGUAGAAGUCUUUCGCCAAACUGUCGCCGACAACGUUCUCGUCGGCAGCUAUUGUGUAAUCACCAAUCAGGGAGGGUUGGUUCACCCUCGAACGAGUAUUCAAGACCAGGACGAACUCUCUUCGUUGUUGCAAAUACCGUUGGUGGCUGGAACUGUGAACCGAGGUUCCGACGUUAUUGGAGCUGGUCUAGUCGCCAACGAUUGGUGUGCGUUUACUGGAUUUGAUACGACUGCGCCAGAGAUUACUGUAAUCGAGGCCACCUUCAAGCUACAAGGGCAAUCCCAAGUGGCUGUUAUCGGAGAGAUGCGCGAUACCCUUAUCGAAAACAUGGCUUGA